UGUCGGAGGUGGUUGGGGUUGGGUGGGAGGAGAUCCGCUCGCUUACACGAGGAGGAUUGAGCCGCCGCCGCCGCCGUCGUCGCGAGUGCGGAGUCGGGACUGGAGCCGCCGCCGCGACGCCGCCGGAGUUUGUGUCGCUAGCUCUCGGCCCUUCUGUCUCGCUGCUUCCCGGGGUCAGCGCGGUCUGCUCGUUCCCGGCCGGUCGCCCCCGCCUCCAUUUCCCGCCCUCUCUUCACCACACACACGGCCCCCCCGAUCAUGGAUCCGGGCAGUGGUGGCGGCGGCGUCGGCGGCGGCGGGAGCAGCAGCGGCAGCAGCAGCUGCGACUCGGCGCCCGACUGCUGGGACCAGGCGGACAUGGAAGCCCCCGGGCCGGGCUCAUGCGGUGGCCCUGGCGGCCCUUUGGCGGCGGCGGCGGCCGAGGCCCAGCGUGAACCCCUCAGUGCGGCCUUCAGCCGGCAACUCAACGUCAACGCCAAACCCUUCGUGCCCAAUGUCCACGCCGCCGAGUUCGUGCCGUCCUUCCUGCGGGGCCUAACCCAGCCGCCGCCACCCUCAGCCGGCGCCUCGGCCAACAACCACGGAACCGGCAGCGGCGCGGGAGGCUCUUCGGCGCCUGUGGAACCUUCUCAAGAGGAACAGUCGUUGAGUGAAGGUUCAAAUUCAGCUGUUAGCAUGGAACUUUCAGAACCUGUUGUAGAAAAUGGAGAGACAGAAAUGUCCCCAGAAGAAUCAUGGGAGCACAAAGAAGAAAUAAGUGAAGCAGAGCCAGGGGGUGGUUCCUUGGGAGAUGGAAAGCCCCCAGAAGAAAAUGCCCAAGAAAUGAUGGAGGAGGAAGAGGAAAUACCAAAACCUAAGUCUGUGGUUGCACCACCAGGUGCUCCUAAAAAAGAACAUGUAAAUGUGGUAUUCAUUGGGCAUGUAGAUGCUGGCAAGUCAACCAUUGGAGGACAAAUAAUGUAUUUGACUGGAAUGGUUGACAAAAGGACACUUGAGAAAUAUGAAAGAGAAGCUAAAGAGAAAAACAGAGAAACUUGGUACUUGUCUUGGGCCUUAGACACAAAUCAGGAAGAACGAGACAAGGGUAAAACAGUAGAAGUGGGUCGUGCCUAUUUUGAAACAGAAAAGAAGCAUUUCACAAUUCUAGAUGCCCCUGGCCACAAGAGCUUUGUCCCAAAUAUGAUUGGUGGUGCUUCUCAAGCUGAUUUGGCUGUACUGGUAAUCUCUGCCAGGAAAGGAGAGUUUGAAACUGGAUUUGAAAAAGGAGGACAGACAAGAGAACAUGCAAUGUUGGCAAAGACAGCAGGUGUAAAACAUUUAAUUGUGCUCAUUAAUAAGAUGGAUGAUCCAACAGUGAAUUGGAGCAAUGAGAGAUACGAAGAAUGUAAAGAGAAACUAGUGCCAUUUUUGAAAAAAGUUGGCUUCAAUCCCAAAAAGGAUAUUCACUUUAUGCCCUGCUCAGGACUGACUGGAGCAAAUCUUAAAGAGCAAUCGGAUUUCUGUCCUUGGUACAUUGGAUUACCAUUUAUUCCAUAUCUGGAUAAUUUGCCAAACUUCAAUAGAUCAGUUGAUGGACCAAUCAGGCUGCCAAUUGUGGAUAAAUACAAGGAUAUGGGCACUGUGGUCCUGGGAAAGCUGGAAUCAGGAUCUAUUAGUAAAGGCCAGCAGCUUGUGAUGAUGCCAAACAAGCACAACGUGGAAGUUCUUGGAAUCCUUUCAGAUGAUGUAGAAACUGAUUCUGUAGCCCCAGGUGAAAACCUCAAAAUCAGACUGAAAGGAAUUGAAGAAGAAGAGAUUCUUCCAGGAUUUAUACUUUGUGAUCCUAAUAAUCUUUGUCAUUCUGGACGCACAUUUGAUGCCCAGAUAGUGAUUAUAGAGCACAAAUCCAUCAUCUGCCCAGGUUAUAAUGCGGUGCUGCAUAUUCAUACCUGUAUUGAGGAAGUUGAAAUAACAGCCUUAAUUUGCUUGGUAGACAAAAAAUCAGGAGAAAAAAGUAAGACUCGACCCCGUUUUGUGAAACAAGAUCAAGUAUGCAUUGCUCGCUUAAGGACAGCAGGAACCAUCUGCCUUGAGACCUUUAAAGACUUCCCUCAGAUGGGUCGAUUUACUUUGAGAGAUGAGGGUAAGACCAUUGCAAUUGGAAAAGUUCUGAAACUGGUUCCAGAGAAAGACUAAGCAUUUUCUUGAUGACCCUGCACAAUACUGUGAGGAAAAUUGACUGCAAAAGCCUACUUCACACCGCCUUCUCUUAUUUUCUGCCCAUUGACAAACCUCUCCCCAUAUUUUGCAAAGACAAAAUUCACAGCAAAAGUCCACAUUAUGUCAGCUUUCUCAUAUUGAGAGCUCUGCUAUGCCACUGUUGAAUUUUUCCCAAUAUUUUUUUUCUUCCCCUCUCAAACUGCUUCCUUGGACAGAUUUGGCAAUAGCUUUGUAAGUGAUGUGGACAUAAUUGCCUACAAUAAUGAAAACCUAUAGAAAUUUUUUAAUUUUUCAUUUUCCCCUUAGGCAUACAUAGUCUUUCCGCCCCCAGGCAGAUCAUUCUGAGUGUGCGAGUGUGUGUGCACAUGUUACAAAGACAACUACCAUGUUAAUAAAAUAUUCAAUUUGAAA